AUGGAGCUAUCACACAAACUCCGUUGGGACAAAUUCGUGAUUUUGGCAGCCGCACUAAUGUCACCUGCAUUAACGGUGCUGUGUAAUGAUAUCCUUGGCCUGAAGGUGGCAGGAGAUCCAGUUCUGACCCCUAACUCAGUAUGCUUGAGGCUGGCAGGCCUCAGUAAGCGCCAGAUGCGAAUGUGUGUGCGCAGCCCCGAUGUGACGGCCUCUGCUCUGCAGGGCAUCCAGGUGGCCAUCCAUGAAUGCCAGCACCAACUCCGGGACCAGCGCUGGAACUGCUCCUCACUGGAGGGCCAUGGCAAGCUGCCCCACCACAGCGCCAUCCUCAACAGGGGUUUUCGUGAGAGUGCCUUCUCCCUGUCCCUGCUGGCUGCGGGUGUGGCUCACUCUGUGGCCUCAGCCUGCAGUAUGGGCAAGCUGCGGGGGUGUGGCUGUGAGGCCAAGCGUCGCCUGGACGAUGACAAGAUCCGACUGAAACUCACACAGCUGCAGCUGCAGACCCUGCAGAAGGGCGGGGUAGGCAUGGGCAUGACACGGUCAUUACCCUCCGAGUUAAGUGGUCACCAUGGCGACCUGCCCACCAACCUGCGCUCUGCUCACCCCUCCACUCUGCUCAAGCCCUUACCAGAUGAGUUGACCUCCAUGCAGGAAACCUGGGAGUGGGGUGGCUGCAGUCAUGAUGCCCGUUUUGGGGACCGUUUCUCCAGGGACUGGUUAGACUCCCGCGGAUCCCCAAGGGACAUCCACGCUCGCAUGCGGAUACAUAACAACCGUGUGGGACGGCAGAUAGUGACUGACAACAUGAAGAGGAAGUGCAAAUGCCACGGCACCUCAGGCAGCUGUCAGUUCAAGACCUGCUGGCAUGUGUCCCCAGAGUUCCGACUUGUUGGCUCCCUUCUUAAGGACAAGUUUUUGUCAGCUGUUUUUGUCAACUCUCAGAACAAGAACAAUGGGGUUUUCAACACACGAAUUGGGAACAGGGUUAAUGGGGGAACAGGGGGGCUUGGUCGCCGUCGAAGCAUGUCUCGAGAGCUGGUUUACUUUGAGAAGUCUCCAGACUUCUGUGAACGUGACACAUCCAUAGACUCUCUGGGCACGCAGGGACGCAUCUGUAACAAAACCAGCCACAGUAUGGACAGUUGCAGCUCACUGUGCUGCGGCCGCGGACACAACAUCCUGAAACAGACACGCAGCGAGCGCUGCCAUUGCCGCUUCCACUGGUGCUGCUAUGUGCUGUGUGAGGAGUGUCGGGUCACAGAGUGGGUCAACGUGUGCAAGUAG